GGAACCGGGACGCUGGACCCAGAGCUGGACGAACCGCGAGGAGAAUGGAGUCUCCUAGCAGCCUUCCGGGGCUGAUGUGAAAUUCGACCAUCUGAUUCCAGUUUUUCUUUUCUUUUCGUAUUUCCUUCCCUCGCAUCCAUCGUGUAGUGAAUUAUUAAAUUUUGCUCCGUUCCGAGAGGAGAUCAUGAUUGAGUGAAGCCACCCUGUCCGCAACAAGGAAAAGCACAAAGAAGAAACUACAGCAAUGGCCAAGUUGACAGAAUCCAUGACUAAUGUCCUGGAGGGUGAUUCCAUGGAUCAAGAUGUUGAGAGCCCUGUGGCCAUUCAUCAGCCAAAGUUGCCUAAGCAGGCCAGGGACGACCUGCCAAGACACAUCAGCCGAGAUCGGACCAAAAGAAAAAUCCAAAGGUACGUGAGGAAAGACGGAAAAUGCAACGUGCACCACGGCAACGUGAGGGAGACCUACCGCUACCUAACUGACAUCUUCACCACUUUAGUAGACCUAAAGUGGAGAUUCAACCUGUUGAUUUUCGUCAUGGUUUACACAGUGACAUGGCUCUUUUUUGGAAUGAUCUGGUGGCUCAUUGCAUAUAUCCGAGGAGAUAUGGACCAUAUAGAGGAUCCCUCAUGGACUCCCUGUGUCACCAACCUCAAUGGGUUUGUCUCUGCUUUUUUAUUCUCAAUAGAGACAGAAACCACCAUUGGCUAUGGCUACCGGGUCAUCACAGAUAAGUGCCCAGAGGGGAUUAUUCUUCUCUUAAUCCAAUCUGUACUGGGGUCCAUUGUCAAUGCAUUCAUGGUGGGAUGCAUGUUUGUAAAAAUAUCUCAGCCCAAGAAGAGGGCAGAGACCCUGGUCUUUUCCACCCAUGCAGUGAUCUCCAUGCGGGAUGGGAAACUGUGCCUGAUGUUCCGAGUGGGGGACCUUAGGAACUCCCACAUCGUAGAGGCUUCCAUCAGAGCCAAGUUGAUCAAAUCCAAACAGACUUCGGAGGGGGAAUUCAUCCCCCUGAACCAGACGGAUAUCAACGUAGGAUAUUACACAGGGGAUGACCGUUUGUUUCUGGUGUCACCACUGAUCAUUAGCCAUGAAAUUAACCAACAAAGUCCUUUCUGGGAGAUCUCCAAAGCCCAGCUGCCUAAAGAGGAACUGGAAAUUGUGGUCAUCCUAGAAGGAAUGGUGGAAGCCACAGGGAUGACAUGCCAAGCUCGGAGCUCCUACAUCACCAGUGAGAUCCUAUGGGGCUACCGGUUCACUCCUGUCCUGACACUGGAGGACGGAUUCUAUGAAGUCGACUACAACAGCUUCCACGAGACCUACGAGACCAGCACCCCAUCCCUCAGUGCCAAAGAGCUGGCCGAGUUAGCCAGCAGGGCAGAGCUGCCCCUGAGCUGGUCAGUAUCCAGCAAACUCAACCAACAUGCAGAACUGGAGACAGAGGAAGAAGAAAAGAACCUGGAAGAGCAAACAGAAAGGAAUGGUGAUGUGGCAAAUCUAGAGAAUGAAUCCAAAGUUUAAUCCCCCUUAGCUGGCCAACCCCUCUCUUCUUCCCUCAACACAACCUUUCCUUGUCUCUCAUUCUCUUC